AUGGAGUCGCUUAGGCUCUCCGGUGGUCUCGAGCCGGUGGUGUGCCGGCCGGACGCGCCCUUGCGCGCGGGGGCCGAGUCGAUCUCUUCCUCGGACGAGGCGCCAAACGCGCUGCAAUCCAUUGUCGAGAUUCUCUCUCCUGCGUCGCGGACCGACAAAGCGGCGUCCCCGGCCAUGUCUGUGGAUACUCUCCUCGUCUGA